UCUCGAACUCCUGACCUCAGGUGAUCUGCCCGCCUCGGCCUCCCAAAGUUUUGGGAUUACAGGCGCGAGCCACCGCGCCUGGCCUCCAGGGCUCCUUCUAAAAUGCCAAUUACCUGCAAGGGUCUUGGCUGUGCCCCAGAGUCUCCAGGCCUGCGAAUGCUGCGUGGCAUCCAGUGGGCGCUCAAUAAAUGCUUACUGCUUGAAGGAGCAUCUCCCCCAAGUGUUCAUCUGAUGCAUGUUUGUGGAGCACCUGCCAUGGGCCAGGCACUGGGGACGCUGCAGUGACAGAAAGGAACCCAAGGCCCCUCCUCUACCGGGGGAGCCGUGGGUCCCAGGAGUGGCGGAAAUUGACCGGAAAUGGCUAGAGAAUGUCAGAGCUGCGCCGGGACCAGCUAGCUCUUUCUGUGAGGAACGAGUCACAGUUUUAUUGUGCGCUUACUGUAUGCUAGGCACUGGUCGACUGAGUGCUGCGCAGGUAGUACCUUGCAUCCUCUCGGUAACCCUCCGCAGUAGGAACUAUUUAUUAUGAAACCCAUUUUACAGAGGAGGAAGGAGAAGUCCAAAAUAGGUAAGUCUGUUGGCCCAGUCAUAUAGGUAGGAAAGGCUGGGGCAGGGGCGGGGUGCUGGUUUCAAAUUCAGGUGUGUAGGAUUGCAGCUCCCCAGUGGCGAAUGAAUGAAUGAAUGAACGAAUGACUGAUUGAAUGAAUGAAUGGAUGAGGCAAUGAGUGAAUGAAUGAACGAAUGGGCGUGCCAAUGAAUGAGCAAAUGAGUGUGGGAAUGAAUGAAUGGUGCGGGAAUGAACAAAUGAAUGAAUGGGUGGUGAACAAAUGAAUGGGUGAGUGAACUAAUGAAUGGAUGAAUGGGUGAGCCAACAAAUGGAUGAACAAAUGAGUGAGUUAAUGAAUGCAGGAAUGAGUGAAUGAAGGAAGGAAUGGUGUGCGAAUGAAUAAAUGAAUGGGUCAUAUAAGAAUGAAUGAAUGAACAAAUGGGUGAGGCCAAUGAAUGAAUGAAAGGGUGAGCAAAUAAAUGGGUGAACGAAUGAACGAGUAAAUGAACGAAUGAAUAAGUGAAUGAAUGAAUGGGUGAGCCCGUGAAUGGGUGAACAAAUGAAUGAGUGAAUGAAUGAAAGGGUGAGCGAAUAAACAAAUGGGUGAAGGAAUGAACGAGUGACUGAACGAAUGAACAAGCGAAUGAAUGAAUAAGUGAAUGAACGAAUGGGUGAGUGAAUUAAUGCAUGAAAGGGUGAGCGAAUAAACAAAUGAGUGAAGGAAUGAACGAGUGGGUGAACGAAUGAACGAGUGAGUGAAUGAAUGAACGAGUGAAUAAGUGAAUGAACGAAUGGGUGAGUGAACGAAUGAAUGAAUGGGCGGGCCGGUGAAUGAACGAACGAAUGGGCGAACGAAUGAAUGAGUGAAUGAAUGAAAGUGUGAGUGGCGAGAGCCCUGCCGGCCGCGUGGAGGUGCGAGGCUGCGGACGUCGCGGGCCCGGAGGCACCUGCGCGCCCUUGGCCGACUCGGAGGAGGUGGAGAUGGACGCCCGCGGGUCCCCUGGAGAUGCAGCCGGCGGCCUGCGCUGGUGAGGGAGCCGGGCCCCCGGCGCCGCGUCCUCCUCAUCCUCCAGGCGACAAGCUGCGGCUCAGCCCCACUGACCUUGGCUCCUGCCCGCCCUGUGGCCCCUGCCCCAUCCCGAAGCCGGCAGCCAGAGGCAGGCGCCAGAGUCAAGACUGGGGCAAGAGUGACGAGAGGCUGCUACAAGCCGUGGAAAACAACGAUGCACCUCGGGUGGCCGCCCUCAUCGCCCGCAAGGGGCUGGUGCCCACGAAGCUAGACCCCGAGGGCAAGUCCGCGUUCCACCUGGCGGCCAUGCGGGGUGCGGCCAGCUGUCUGGAGGUGAUGAUAGCUCAUGGCAGCAAUGUCAUGAGCACGGACGGGGCAGGUUACAAUGCCCUCCACCUGGCCGCCAAAUACGGGCACCCACAGUGCUUGAAGCAACUACUGCAGGCUUCCUGCGUGGUGGACGUCGUGGACAGCAGCGGGUGGACUGCCCUACACCAUGCAGCGGCUGGUGGCUGUCUCUCCUGCUCAGAGGUGCUCUGCUCCUUUAAGGCACAUCUAAACCCCCAAGAUCGGUCAGGCGCAACACCCCUCAUUAUAGCAGCUCAAAUGUGUCACACAGACCUGUGCCGUCUCCUACUGCAGCAAGGGGCUGCUGCGAACGAUCAGGACCUGCAAGGCAGGACGGCCCUGAUGCUGGCCUGUGAGGGGGCCAGCCCCGAAACAGUGGAGGUCCUGCUGCAGGGCGGAGCCCAGCCGGGCAUCACCGAUGCGCUGGGGCAGGACGCGGCUCACUAUGGCGCCCUGGCGGGGGACAAACUCAUCCUGCACCUUCUGCAAGAGGCGGCCCAGCGCCCCUCCCCACCCAGCGCCCUCACAGAGGAUGAUUCAGGCGAGGCGUCAUCUCAGAACUCUAUGUCCAGCCAUGGAAAGCAGGGGGCCCCCAAGAAGCGGAAGGCGCCUCCACCUCCCGCCAGCAUCCCCAUGCCGGAUGAUCGAGAUGCCUAUGAGGAGAUCGUGAGGCUGCGGCAGGAGAGGGGCCGCCUCCUGCAGAAGAUCCGGGGCCUGGAACAGCACAAGGAACGGAGGCAGCAGGAGUCCCCGGAGGCCAGCUCCCUGCACAGCCUGGAGAGACAGGUGCAAGAGCUACAGCAGCUGCUGGUGGAGAGACAAGAGGAGAAGGAGAGCCUGGGACGGGAGGUGGAGAGUUUGCAGAGCCGGCUGUCCCUGCUGGAGAACGAGCGGGAGAAUACUAGCUAUGACGUAACCACCCUGCAGGAUGAGGAGGGUGAGCUGCCUGACCUUCCAGGGGCCGAGGCGCUGCUGUCCAGACAACUCAGCCCGUCGGCCCAGGAACACCUGGCCUCGCUGCAGGAACAGGUGGCUGUGCUCACCAGACAGAACCAGGAACUGAUGGAGAAGGUCCAGAUCCUGGAGAACUUUGAGAAGGACGAGACACAGAUGGAAGUGGAAGCUUCGGCAGAGGUCAUCCCUCUUGCCCUCUAUGACUCUCUCCGGGCCGAGUUUGACCAGCUACGCAGGCAGCACGCUGAGGCCCUGCAGGCCCUGAGGCAGCAGGAGACACGAGAGGUCCCCAGAGAAGAGGGGACAGCCUGUGGGGAGAGUGAGGUUGCUGGAGCCACGGCCACCAAAAACGGGCCAACCCACAUGGAGCUAAAUGGCUCAGUGGCUCCAGAAACCAAAGUUAACGGAGCCGAGACCAUAGAUGAGGAGGCUGCAGGAGAUGAAACCAUGGAAGCCAGGACUAUGGAAGCCGAGGCCACAGGAGCUGAGGCCACAGGAGCCAAGGUCACAGAAACAAAACCCACAGGGGCUGAGGUCAGAGAGAUGGAGACCACAGAAGAAGAAGCAAACAUGGAAACUAAGCCCACAGGAGCUCAGGCCACAGACACAGAGACCACGGGAGUGGAGGCCAUGGGGGUGGAGGCCACAAAAACAAAAGCAGAGGAAGCAGAAAUGCAGGCCUAUGGAGUGGGUGCUGGGCAAGCAGAGCCCCCAGUCACAGGGACCACAAACAUGGAGGCCACGGGCUCUAGGGCCACAGGGGUGGAAGCCACAGGAGUCAGUGCCACAGGUGUGGAGAACCCAGGGGUAGAGGCCACGGUCCCGGGGAUCUCUGCUGGCCCCAUCCUACAUCCUGGUGCCGCAGAGGCCUCGGAAAAGCUUCAAGUAGAGCUGGAGACCAGGAUCCGUGGCUUGGAGGAGGCUCUCCGGCAGCGGGAGCGGGAGGCAGCUGCGGAGCUGGAGGCGGCCCUGGGGAAGUGCGAGGCCGCGGAGGCCGAGGCGGGCCGGCUGCGAGAGCGUGUCCGCGAGGCCGAGGGCAGCGGGGCCAGCGGGGGCGGGGGCGGUGACACCACACAACUGCGGGCGGCCCUGGAGCAGGCCCGGGAGGACCUCCGAGACCGGGACUCCCGCCUGCGGGAGCUGGAGGCGGCCUCGGCCUGCCUGGAUGAGGCUCGGGCCAGCCGGCUGCUGGCCGAGGAGGAGGCGCGGGGCCUGCGGGCCGAGCUGGCCCAGCGGGAGGAGGCGCGGCUGGAGCAGAGCCGGGAGCUGGAGGUUCUGCGGGAGCAGCUGGCCACGGCCAGGGCCACGGGGGAGCAGCAGCGCACGGCGGCCGCGGAACUGGGCCGGGCACGGGACGCCGCUGAGGCCCGAGUGGCUGAGCUGGCUGCGGCCUGCGAGGAGGCGCGGCAGGGCCUGGCCGAGCUGCGGGAGGCCUCCGAGGCCCUCCGCCAGUCCGUGGUGCCGGCCUCUGAGCACCGCCGGCUGCAGGAGGAGGCCCUGGAGCUGCGGGGCCGGGCGGCCAGUCUGGAGCAGGAGGUGGUGGCCACGGGCAAGGAGGCCGCCCGGCUGCGCGCGGAGCUGGAGCGGGAGCGUGUGUGCAGCGUGGCGCUCUCGGAGCACGAACGCAUCGUGGGCACCCUGCAGGCCAACGUGGCCCAGCUGGAGGGGCGGCUGGAGGAGCUGGGACGGCGGCAUGAGAAGACCAGCGCAGAGGUCUUCCAGGUGCAGCGUGAGGCCCUGUUCAUGAAGAGUGAGCGACACGCAGCCGAGGCACAGCUGGCCACAGCAGAGCAGCAGCUACGGGGGCUACGGACCGAGGCGGAAAGGGCUCGCCAGGCCCAGAGCCGGGCCCAGGAGGCUCUGGACAAGGCCAAGGAGAAGGACAAGAAGAUCACAGAACUCUCCAAAGAAGUCUUCAAUCUUAAGGAAGCCUUGAAGGAGCAGCCGGCCGCCCUGGCCACCCCUGAGGUGGAGGCUCUCCGUGACCAGGUGAAGGAUUUACAGCAGCAGCUGCAGGAAGCUGCCAGGGACCACUCCAGUGUGGUGGCUUUGUACAGAAGCCACCUCCUAUAUGCCAUUCAGGGCCAGAUGGAUGAAGACGUGCAGCGGAUUCUCAGCCAGAUUCUGCAGAUGCAGAGACUCCAGGCUCAGGGCCGCUGAGAAAGGCCAGGCCCAGUGGCUACACCGACCACACCCACGCAGGGACCUCACCCCCCUGCAGGCCCCUUGCAGACCGGCUUCACUGGGCUUCGCUUGGCCCUAUCCAGGCCCAUGCACUUGGAGACCAGCCUGGGUCCCUGCCCGACCACCCCCAGCUGGCUCCAUCACCCCACCUGGUCUCUGCACACACACCCUGGUCAGUCUGGACCCGGGCCGUGACUGCCCCUCCCCCGCCACCGGAGACUGUGAGUCCCUGUGUCCUCCACAUCCAGACGCCAGCCCGGGAAUAAAGGCAUUCUGUGCGCAGG